GUUAUCACUUAUUCUCACAGUUCAUGAUGAUGCAUAUACUUUAAUCCACUUAUUAAAAGUUAAGGAGAUUCACUGUUUAAAGUACAAGAGAUGCAGAUCAGCCUCAUUUGGGUGCUAAAGUUGACUUUGCCUCUAAAGCCAGACACAUUAUUGCAGUGUGUCAACCUUUUUCCCAGUAGUGUUGGCAAGCUUAGUUUGAGUGCAAUCAGGUGCAAUGCUGCUCUUUAUUUAAAUGUCAUGCUUUAAAUGCUUUUUGCUAUCCGACACUACAGCUCAACGUGAUGGAAAUGUUUAAGAAAUCAGGUGAAUGAAGCACCCAGCCAAAAGGUUUCAUCUUUUGAGUCAUAAGGGUAUACCAUAACAACCCACACCUCUGUUUUCAGUGCCCCAUCAAACAGCUUCAUUCAAACAUCAAAACUCUGAGGAUGGAUUACAUCACUUCAGAGGGAUUCAGAGCAGUGUUUGUGCAUGAAAAAGACAGAACAUGCAAAUAUUAACUUCAACUCUUGACUAUGAAACUGAUGAAGUCUAUAAUUUCACAGAUGAAUUGAUAUCUGAUACAACUGACUACGAGUCUGAGCUGAGUGGAUUAUGUAACAAAGAACAUGUGCGGCAGUUCAGUAAAUCCUUUGAGCCACCGCUUUAUUGGAUCAUAUUCGUCGUAGGGGCUUUGGGCAACAUGCUUGUCGUUUGCAUCUUCACAACGGUGCGAAAUCGCCUCAAGACCAUGACUGAUGUCUACCUGCUGAACCUGGCAGUGGCUGACCUUCUCUUCCUUUGCACGUUGCCCUUCUGGGCAACAAAUGCCGCCCAGGGUUGGGUGUUCAGCCAGAUCAUUUGCCAAGGAGUUUCUUCGGUCUACAAGAUCAACUUCUUUGCCAGCAUGCUCUUACUCACUUGCAUUAGUGUGGACCGCUACAUCGCCAUUGUCCACGUAACCGAAGCUCACAACUACAAAAAGAAACGCAUGUUAUUUAGUAAAAUAACUUGCGUCUUUGUGUGGGUUGCCUCUUGCCUCGUAGCCCUACCGGACUUCAUCUUCGCCAAAGUAAAAACUUAUGAGCACCAGCCAAAUUCUUGUGUCCUGGUGUACUCAACCUUAGACAAUAACCAUACCAAAGUCUUGGUGUUAGCUUUACAGAUCUGUGUUGGCUUCCUACUUCCCUUGCUGGUUAUUGUAAUAUGCUACUCAGUCAUUAUUCGUAAACUCAUGCAGGCUCGAAGCUUUGAAAAACACAAAGCCCUGAAGGUCAUAUUUGCAGUUGUGGCAGCUUUUAUUCUCUCCCAGUUGCCAUUCAAUGGGUAUCUGAUCAUAGAGGCUACCCAAGCUAACAAUGCCACAAUAACAGACUGCACUGUCAUGCAAAGUUUAGAAAUGUCUGGCCAAAUCGUGAAGUGUCUGGCCUACACACACUGUUGCCUGAAUCCCAUCCUGUAUGUCUUUAUUGGGGUUCGCUUCAGGAAGGAUCUCUUAAGCCUGAUUCACCGUCUGUCUUGCGGGCUGGGAUUGGUCAACAACAGCAAAUUGCAACCAGUUCCUAAAAGGCCUUCUGUUAUGUCUGACACAGACACCACCCCAGGGUUUUCCUUAUAGACCAACUCACCAUUGUUACAGUACUGACAAUUUUUUCAAAAUCUGCAUUUACUGUACAUCAACAAAGUAUGUUUUUAGCAUGUUAUCAGAGGGAUGAUUUUCUGCUUGUCCUUGUAAACAGCCCUUAUGACCACAAACAUUAUUGGGCAAGGCCUGAGUAAUAUGCUUCAUCGUAAUAUAACUCCCACAAUUUAUGCCUAUAUUCUCUGACAGUACAUGAUGGAAGAUUGUGGAUAUUUUGUAUAUAGUCUGUACCUGAGCAUAUAGUCAAUCUUGAUUGGAUUUUGGGAAGGAUGAUUAGAGGGGUACAAUGUAUUUUGUAGCUGCAUUACUAUGUUUUCCAUACUUUUUCCAUAAGUCUAUAUUGUAAGUAAAUUGUAAAUAGAUGAGAAAAAGUAGUACUUGUUUGAACUGAGUGUUAUGCAUAUACAUUUAAAAAUAAA